AAAUUGUGUCAUUGGAGUAAUAAGAACCGACGAAGUAUUGAUCUGCAGAGAUGAUGUUUGCUUAGAGAGUAUCAUCAAAUUAGCAAGAAAAUGGGGAGAUCUACAUACAUAGGAAUUGCGGCAGCUGUUGCAAUUUCGAGUUUCGCCUUCAGAUUCUUCCUCAAACCCCAUCAACCUCCUCAACCUUCGAGAUUGUUCAUUGCUCAAGAAUUGUCUCUUUACAAUGGAACUGACGAACAAUUGCCCAUCUUCUUAGGAAUACUGGGCUCGGUAUUUGAUGUGACAAAAGGGAAGUCUCAUUAUGGUGUUGGAGGUGCUUACAAUCAUUUUGCUGGAAGAGAUGCUUCACGUGCAUUUGUAUCAGGGAAUUUUACAGGAGAUGGACUUACUGACACACUACGUGGACUAUCUAGCAGCGAGGUAAAAAGUGUAGUAGAAUGGCGGGAUUUCUUCGUCAAAACAUAUACGUGGACAAUUAACAUACCACCGAUUUGUUUUAUUCCUCUUAGAUCUGUUGGUAGAUUGAUCGGCCGUUACUACGACUAUCGAGGGAAACCUACAAAAUAUUUGAAGAAUGCAGAAGCAAAGGCAGCUAGGGGUGCUCAGUUGUUGGCAAAGCAGAAGAAAGAAGAAGAAAAGAUUCCAAAUUGCAACUCGAAGUGGAGUCAGCAUGAGGGUGGCGAGGUUUGGUGUGACGAUGGCUAUCCAAGACUGAUUCAGAGACCUCUAGAAAUCGCAUUGACAGGGAAAAUGAGCAAACGAUGUGUAUGUUUGAAAGAAGAAGAAUUGAAACAACCAGGUUUAGAAGUCUAUGAAGGAUGUGACUAUCACGCCAAAGCGUGCAAAGUGUAGAUUAGAAGCAAACUUAUGGUUGCGGCUGUAUGUAUUUCGGAGCAUAUGCUGCAAAGUGUAGACAAAAGUCAUGCCAACAAAUUUCCUUCUUCAUUCAAAUAAUACUAUCAAUCAGUUUAGCAGGUGAAAGUCAACACUAAACAGAAUAGUGGUAGUGACUAAUGAUAAUGAAUUUGUAAUGUGAUUUUACAGAGUUAUUUAUGUCAAAAAAUACUGUAUCAGUCAUACAUUUUUUUAUAACACUAGUAAGAGGCACGUGCGCUGCACGCGUCCGUUAAGAAAUUAUAAUUUUUAUAUUAACUAUGGUUAUUCUCAUGUUAUAAUAUCUGAACUUGUAAGACUCUAUUUAACUUA